AUGGAUUCCUUAUUAAUACAACAUUCAUCGCUUAUUCGUCGUCUUCGUCGAAAAAUGUCACCUGUAACAGUAGCAGAAAUUAAAUUAUUUUUUGACAAUGUUGUUUCCUAUAUAAAAGAUAUUACUUAUACAAAUGAAACAGAUCAUGGUUUAAACAUUUUAACAAUUAUUUGUGAUGAUCUAGCAUCGAUAAAUACUCUUCGAUUAUUUGAUCAUCCAGUUCUAAUUAAUCAUUCAAUAUUUAUUUAUAUUGGACGAACAUUAGAAACAUUAUUAAUCAAAUCCAAUUAUGUAAAAUCGAUACCAAUGAGAAAGUGUGAAGAAGAUUGUUUCUAUUCAAUAAGUUAUUUAAUAGCACAAUUAUGUUUAUUUCGAAAUGAACCUAUAACAUGUUUUUAUGGAUCUAUAUCAGAUGAAAUCACAUCUGUAACAGAUAAAAUAAAUAUAAGAGAUAAAACUAUCGAUGAAAAUAGUAGAAGAUCGAAACCUAUUGCAGAUAAACCAAAUUUGAAAGUUACUUGUCUACCUUCGAGUGUACCGAAAUCACGAUCAAUUGAAAAAAUACAAUUUGAUAUGGCAUUAAUAAGUCAUCGAAAAAAACUUCCUAUUCAAUUUAUUGAACCAACAAUCGAAAGAGAAAUUGAACCAACAGUUGAACGAGUAAUUAAAUCUGAUAUAUCUAUUCUAUUACAGAUUUUACCAUCAAAAAAAUAUCAAGAUGUAUUUUUAAAUGAAUUAUUUCUAAAUAAACUCAUUCGUGCUAUUGAUAAUGUAUCUCAAAAUGAAUAUUCUUUAUAUCAUAUUAAAUAUAAAAUUAUUGAUCGACUAAUUCGAGUUUGUUCAAAAUUAAAUAUUGUUGAUCGAUUAUUUAAUCCUAUUGUAGCAUGUUUACGUUCAAAAUUUUAUCGAGAAAUUUUCACAACUAUAGAAUCUGAACAAUUUCGUCUAAGUCCAAAACAAUUAUUUUUUAUUUAUCGAUGUUCACAAUUUAUAAUUCAACAUGAUUUUCAAGAGAAAGAACAAAUACCUCAUCUAUUAUGUGAAACUAUGAUUGAUGCUACAAAAUCAAUUAUCAAAACAAUUUUACCAAUCAGUGAUAAUGAACUUGAUCCAAAGUAUUACGAUGAUCGAGGAAUAGCACUUUACGCUUUUCGUUGCCAUUUGGAAUUACUAAAUUAUUUGUCAUUAACAUCAUCUGGUAGACGAUAUUUUAUUAAAAAUAAUAUCAUCGAUAAAAUAAUAAAUGUCUUAGAACACGAUAUUUUAAUUGAUAAUGCAUGUCAAAACGAAGAACUUUUUCAUGCUGAUGUUGCUACUAUUGCAUAUACUUUAAUGCUUUUGUACAAUUUAGCAUACGAAAAGCACAUAUUUUCAAUAUUAAAACGAAAAGAUUUUCAACAGGUGUUUACUAAAUUAGAAUCUGCAAAGGACAUUACAUUACGAUUUGCAUAUAAAACUUUAUCAAAAAUUCUAAGUAGUGAUCAAAUUCAUGAAGAAAACAAACCGAUGAAAUUAAAACAAGAUUAUACUAAGUACAUCGAAGAGAAUUUUAUUGAACCUAAGCGUAAAAUUAAAUUCGGUCUUUUGAAAGCUAACAUAGAACUCAAUGAUAAUGUAAAAUUUAAAUUUAUUGACGAAACUUAUUUGACACAUUUAUGUCGAGAUAUCGAAGAUUUAUCUACUAAGGAAUAUCCAUCAAAUGCAUUGAAAUAUAAAGAUGUUGGACGACGUGUUCGUGUUGCUUCAAAACAGGAACUCAAAGAAGUUGAAUUAUUAAUAGAUCCAAUAUUAAAAUGUUUAAAUUCGAACUUUUAUCUUAAAGUUUUCGAAAACAUUGAACUUGUUCAAACGAAAGCGGCAUCUACAGUUACGACAAGCAAUAGUGGCCUUGCAGCAAAACACCUAUUUUUCAUGCAUGAAUGUCCAGAAUUUCUCUUUCGAAAUGAUUAUAAUCGACGAAAAGAUAUAGCUAAUUCAUUGGGCAAAACAAUAUUAAAAUAUACUGAAACAAUCUUCAACCAACAUUUAUUCAUUCUAAUGGAAGACAAUGGUGGAGUAGCUGUUAAUGAUACAAAAAUUGCGCGAAUGGUAGCGUUAAGUUAUCAUAUAAGAAUGUUAAAUCAUUUUGCAAUGAUACGAGCUAUACAAAAGGAAUUUUUAUCAUUACCAAUCGUUGAUCAAUUAUUCUCAAUAUUAAAAGAUCAAUCAUUAAUUGAUGAAAAUCGACGUACUGCUGAAGCUCGGGCUGGAGUUAUCGGUCAAUCCUUAAUAUUAUUUUAUAAUCUCGGAUUCGAUAACAGACUACGUUCACAAUUGAUGACGAAAAAUAUUUUAAAUAUCUGUUUAAAAUUGCGUUAUAUUUACAAUGAUAUAUAUGAUCCACCAGUAUUAGCAAAGACCUGUGUUGAGUAUAUUGAUAAAUGUAUUAAAGAACCUCGACUAGCAUAUCAAGGUUUGAAAUUAUAUCGUUUAUUGAGGCAUCUUGAAAUUUUUGUCUUAAAUGAUACAUUUACGGAAAGUUUUGCUGAUGAAAAACAAGGUAUUUCAGUUAUAAUAAAAUGUUGCUGUUUGAUUGGUUCUGAAGAGAAACAUUCAGAUGAUCAAAAAAAAGAAUUACUAAAAAGAAUUCAACAAUUAGCUGUAUCUAUUAUUUGGAAACUUUCAUUUUAUGGACCAACAACAAGUAAAAAAUUAAAAUCAAACAAUUUAUUCAUUGAUCAAAUUCUUAUAUUAUUAAAUGGAACGUCAAAAAAAUCCAAGCAAAAUGCUAGUGCAAUUAUCUGGCGAUUAGGAAGUGAAGAAACAAUACGUUAUGAGCAAACAGAAAAAGAAAAACAUAAAACAACUACAAUGGAUGAUGAUCAGUUCAUAUCAAAUGAUGAAUGGGAUGAAACAAUACCUUAUGAUUUAUUAAUUAGUGUUAGUAAUAUAAUUGAUGAUAUGAUUGUAGCUAAAAAAAUUUUUGAUCGUUUAUCAUCAAAAGGUUAUCGAGUAUAUAAUGAAAAACAGGGAAAACAUCGAUUGGAAUUAAUGAAAAAAGCAAUAGCACAAAAGAAACCAAUUUUAAUUUGUUUAUCAUCAAAAUAUCGUCUGUCAAAAAUUUGCAUGGCUGAAAUUGAAUAUGCAAAUAAACAUUCAAGUUCAAUUAUUCCAGUUAUUGUAGAAGCUAAAUUUAAAAUACAAGGAUGGUUAAAACAUCUUAUUGAUGGAAAAGAUCCUAUUGAUUUAACACAGAAAAAUUUUAAUGAGGAACUUUUGAAAGUAUUUGAAGAAAUUGAAAAACAAAAAAGUUCAGACUAG